AUGGCCUACCCCUACUCCACCCCUCGCCUCGAAUUCCGCGCAAUCCGCCCCACCGCCGACCUCGCUAUCUUCAACGCCCUCAACGCCGACGUAAACGGCUACAUCAACGCCUCCGUCGCCAACAUCCACCUCCCCACAGAAUCCGACCUUGCAGAAUUCAUCAAAGACCUCGCCAAAGAUCUCCUCAGCGCGGUAAUAUGGCUCAAGCACCCCUCCAACCUCACAAUCGCGGAACGCAAGGAAUUAAUCGUGCACGCAAAAGACGCGGGAAAAGAGCAUCUCGUCGAAGGACACGGGACGGCAAUUGGUCAACUCCAUCUAGCAUCUCUUGAGCCGCGGCACGUACAUCAUCGCUGGACGGAAAUCGGGCUGGAUAUUUUGCCAGAAUAUCAGGGGAAGGGGUACGGAAGUGAGGCGAUUUCUUGGGCGCUAGACUAUGCGUUUCGGCGCGCGGGAUUGCAUCGUGUGAAGAUUAGGGCGUUCGAGUAUAACGCGGGGGCAGUGAGGCUGUAUGAGAGAUUAGGAUUUAAGUUCGAGGGGAAGGAGCGCGAGUCGUGUUGGCAUGAGGGCAGGUUUUGGGAUUCGGUGGAAUUUGGGAUGUUGGAAGGGGAGUGGAGAUGGAUGCAGGAACGUGAGAAAGAAAAUGCGUGUGAAGGGAAAAUGUGA